AUGGGCUUUUUGUUCGAGGCCGCCAAGAAGGUGGAGGACUUUGCGCAGGAGAGGGUCGCGGAGCGGAAGAUGGAGCGGUGCCAGCCAGGGUACGUCGAGAAGCCCAAGUCCAUGGUGGAGAAGGCCGUCGAGGCUGCAGAGGAAUUCAUCGCCAAGCAGGACGACGAUGACUGCAGCUCCAGCUCCGACUCGGAGUGCGAGACGAAGGAGUACUCGACCUACACCAAGACAUCGCGAGAGAUCGCGGGUACCGGCACCCGCGUAGAAGAGGAGGUGACCGUCUCCGUUCGCACCACCACGGAGCCCGAAUACCCCGGCGUCUCGACCCAGAACUACGGCAGCUCCAGCUACCGUCACGGCGACAACUACGGGGCCUUUAACAACGAUGUGUCGAGCAGCUCCGAGUACCGUUCGACUCAAGUCCGCAACGGAGACGGGUACGAGCAGAAGGAGUACACCUCGUCCUACAGCAAGACGUCGAGGGACGACUCAGACGGCUACUACGGUGGUGCUUCGUCGUCCUACUCGACCCGCGUCGACGAAGAAGUGAGCUAUUCGGCUCGCCCCGAAUAUCCGAGCAAUGUCUACAACGGCUCGAGCUAUCCUAGCGUCGUGCCGCAAGCUGGCAGCUACGGUGCGCCCCCGAUGGAGAGCAACGCUGUCUCCAGCACUUCGGAGUACCGUUCAACUCAAAUCCGCGACGGAGACGAGUACGAGAGGAAGGAGUACUCGUCGUCCUACAGCAGGACGUCGCGGGACGACUCGGAAGGCUGCUAUGGUGGAGCCUCGUCGACCUGCUCGGCCCGCGUCGACGAAGAAGUGGACUACUCCGCCCGCACUACGCGUCCCGAGUACAUGGGAGGUUCCGGUCGGGAGUACAACAGCUCGAGCUACCAGCGAACCGUCCGCGAGGACGACAACUGUGACGCAUUCAACCGGAUGACGCUGGAGAGCAGCGAGACCGAGUACCGCUCGACUCGAGCGCGUGAUGACGGCGACUACGGGAGGAACGAGAACUCGUCCUACAGCAGGAACACGCGAGACAACUCGGACUACUCGACUCGCGUUGACGAGGAGGUCAACGUCUCUGUUCGCACCACUUCAACCCCCGAGUACCGCAACAACUCGACGCAAAACUACAGCAGCUCGAGCUACCGGAGGGACGGCGACAGCUACGGCGACGUGUCCAGCAGCUCCGAGUACCGCUCCACAACUCGAGUUCGAGACGCGGAUGGGUGCGAGACGGAGGAAUACUUGUCCUACAGCAGGACGUCGCGGGAUGACUCCAACGAGUACCGUCGUCCAACAGGCAACUUUGGUGAUGAAUACUCGUCACGCGUCGAAGAGGAAGUGAGCUACUCAUCUCGCAGUAAGCUUACUUCACGAGGGUACCCCUCAGACGAGUGCGAGUUCCAGGGCCGUCCUGCUGGUGGCGUGUAUGGCAGUCGUGAGCUGCAGAUGAGCAGCAACCAAAGCUACGGAGCCUACAACUACGGCGUGUAGAUCUAGGUGAAGAAGGUCAGGAUAAGCUUACCCUGGAUAAUACAUCAUGACAUGAGUACUAC